AUGGCACAGGAUAACCCCAAUGCAAACAUGGGCGUGAAGGUCAUGAUAGAGCAAGAACAAAACGAAAACACUAUAAAUUCAUUCUACAAAAGUUUUGAAGAAGAGGAAGAUUCUGGGCAAGACAAUGAGGACUCUAUUUUAGAAGAUUCUCCUGAUUCUGAUCACAAUGAUUCCAACCACUCUGUGUCUUUCUCUUCGGAUAUUGGAACCGAGGAAGAAACAGAGAAAGACAUUGAACACGACGGCGAAGAUUCUAUUACACAAAAUUGCUGCCCUAUAUGUCUCCACCAGUUCCAAAAUCCAAGUUACGUAAUUUCUUGCUACCACACUUUUUGUUUCGCAUGUAUUAGAGAAUGGCUCUCAGUCUCGAGAACAGUCCUGUGUCCGCUAUGCAAGGCACGGGUAGAGGUUAUAGUUCAUAGUAUCGACGAGAACAAUAAUAGUUUUAAAAAGUUUCUGGUUGAUGUUGACGAAGAAGGAUUUCAAGAUACCUUGGUACCAUUAAGACGUCGUAGCAAGAAAUAUAACAAUGUACAACAGCAAGCAAAAAUAUGGGGUAGUGGUAGCGGCAGCUUGCUGCCAUCAUUAGAUUUAUCAUCUUCAACAACGGCAAUAAAGAAUCGACGCAAUAUAUACAAUCAAGAUCUUACGCCAAAAGACUCUCGUGGUCGAGUGCACAGUGGCUCCGUCUCUAUAAACACAAUGAAAAUCGAGCCACGGGAUUUAGAUCGUCUACGUCCUUUUAUAGAACGUGAUUUAUUGGCGUUGAUUCCUCCAGACACAUAUGAUAAUAUCAUCUUAGAGUACGUGCAAGGAUUGUUGGUGAUGCCGUAUCAACAACCACCACCAAAACGGCUAAUUUCAUUAUGGGAUGAAGUUUAUCGUCUGCUGCGCCCAUUGUUGGGUCAAUGGGCUGAGAAAUUUGUCGAGGAGGCUUGUCGGUUUGCGUUUAGUGGAAUGGAUAUUGUAACUUGGGAUCGAAUGGUGGAUUAUUCGUGA